AUGUUUCAUGAUAUAAGCCUUGCUCUGGCUAACUCAGGAAAUUCUUUGCUUGGUUUGAACUAUGUUGCUGGUAGUUAUGGCAACUGGUCAAUGAAAAGCGCCUGCAAUGCGACCUGCGGUCGUGGUUUUGAAACUUGGACACGAAAUUGUGAUAACCCAAGGCCAAAAUAUGGUGGACGAAACUGCAGUCAUUUAGGAGAGCCGGUUGAAUACAGACCAUGUUGGACAAAAUACUGCCCAGUUAACGGCGGUUAUAGCAAAUGGAAUUUGAGUAUUCGAUGCAGUGCUUCAUGCGGAGAGGGAGUGGAAAUAUGGCGACGUACUUGUGACAAUCCAGAACCUAAAUACCACGGCCGUGGAUGCGGUGGGAUCGGGAACCCGACUGAGAUUAGAAAAUGUAGCAGAAAACCAUGCCCAGUUGACGGUAAUUACAGUAACUGGACAAAGGCGUUUCCUUGUAGCGUCACUUGUGGUAAUGGUGUAGAAAUAUGGAUACGGAAAUGUGAUAAUCCUCCGGGAAAAUAUGGCGGGAACUGUGAUAAAAGAGGGUUAGCUACAGAAAAUAGAUCAUGUGAAGAGAAACCCUGUCCAGACACCGUCGACUCCGAAGUGAUUGGCCUUAUCGUUGGUGUUGCUAUCAUGUUCGUCGUAGCUGUUACAAUUUUCAUUUUUGCUUUUCGAAAAAGUCAAAAUAGAGGAUCUUUGUAUUACGCCCUUCUUCAUUUUUCACACUCCCGCAACCCUCGACAGCUUGAGAUGAACAGCCUGUCAGAAGAACGAUCGAGUGCGCUGCAAACAGGUUUUUGUGCCAUACGACAAGUUGGCUGCGCAGCCUAA